ACCCCGAUUUCUCCGCUCCAGUCAAACCUACCUCCCGUCGUCCCCUUUGUCAAAAGGCUGCAUCGCGACGUGCGAGAGUUGCCCCUCGGGCAGACUAGCGUCCAAGCGCUAAUACGUCGUCCUGCAGCAAGCCUGCGAACGAGGGGUUACGGCUUUGCGGCUUUGCAGCUUGCCCCAGUUCUCACCUCCCGGCCCUGCGCUGCCCCUCCAUCCCACUGCGCUAUUCGCAGAUCAACGCUCGUCCAACCAACCUGGUGUCACUCGCUGCCGCCGCCACUCGUCAACGUCCAACGCCAACCCGAGAUUUCAUCGUCGGCAUCCAACUGCACUCAGAGGUGUCGUUCUUGACAAAUGCCGCCCCGUAUGUCUCUCGGCCACUCGGCCGGUUUGUAUAUUGUCGUUGGUGUCCCACGACGCCACCAGCCCUGCCACAAAAUGACGGGGGACGUCGAAAAUGACAGGAAGCGGACCCCCACCGCGUCUGCCAACCACCUCCAUUCUAUCCCGCGAGAAAAUGCACAUCGCGGUACACGAACGGCAGAAAAAGAAAAGAUCAGGUGGAUUUCGGCCGGCUGGGGCUUCCUCGCGGAGGCGUCAAAAUCGACGCAAAUGCUCCUUGGUCCUUGGUCUUGGGCGGCGGGCACACAAUGUGACUGCUCAUAUCCGUCCGCCAUCCGCAUAUGCAUCUUCGCGGCUUUCGCAAUACCGUUCUGGUUAUGCUUGCGAAGAGCCCGCCAUUCAUUGUCGUCAAUCUAGGGCUAGACUGACAGGAUCCCGAACUGCUCCACGGGCUCGCGGCGGAAUACAUCCUGCAGACCCGGCCCCGAUCAGUCGUCAAGGUGAGAAGACCGAAAGCGUCCAUGCAUUGCAGAAAGCAAGCCGGGUGAAGUUUCCAGGGCAGCGGAUUCUCGCCAAUGAGUGGCUUCGCAAGCCGUGUAAUGGAUGCUGGACACGGCGGCUGCAGCCCUCGACAAGGUAUAUAUCUUCAUGCUUCCCAAUACCGUCCGAUCUGCACCUUGUUUGCUCCUUUUUCGCAUCAAGCCGGUGCACUAUGAUCGAAUGUAGCAGAUUCGGCCACGAUCGAGAGACGAAUGACAUGUAUUUCUGUCGUGCGUCACAUGACCCUGAUGAACUGCUCAACGCAUCAACAGCCACAAGCUUGCCCACAAACCUGAAGUGCAAUAAAAGGGUGUCGACAGAGCACUGUAGCCAGUUAGACGCGCUUCUGUUCUCAUGCUCGCGGGUGGUACAUGGCAGUCGCUGCCACUCUGUCGACAUGAACGCAAUGAGGCUCCGGUAGUCACCGUGAUGAAGCUCGGCCGGGCAGAUACCGGGCAGAUGCCGGGACUACGGCCUCGGCCGACCGGCCAUCCGCUCCGUCAAU